AUGUAUUUAUCAAAUUAUAAUAGAUUAAAAUUUUUAUGUUCAAUUCAACCAAAAUUUAGAAAACUUAUUAUUCGAACAUUAUCUGCUUCUUUACUAUCAAAACGAAUCGAACAACCAAAAGAUGCUCAUUCGAAUUUAUUAACCAACGAUGAACAUGUUUUUGAGGUUCAACACCAUGUUGUUAAACCAAGUGCUAUGAAUGACUAUGAAUUAAUUUUUAAUGAUUAUACAUCACAAUUAAAGGAGAAGAAUUCUUCAAAUGGUCUUGUUCAUACUGGAUCAUGGAAAGUACAUAUUGGUAAUAUACAAAAUCAAUAUGUACAUAUAUGGAUGUAUAAAAAUUUUGCUCAUUUGGAUGAAUUUGUUGGUAGUCCAAAAUCAAAUUUAAAUUCAAAUAAAUUACAUGAACAUAUUGUUCAACAUUCAAAUCAAAUUUGUCUUCCGUUUUCUUAUUUUGGAAUUCCUCAACCACGAUCAAAAUCUGAUGAUCAAUCAAGUCCAAAUAUUUAUGAAAUGCGUUCAUAUUGGCUUAAACCAGGUACAUUAAUUGAAUGGGGAAACUUAUGGCAUAAAGGUGUACAAUAUCGACCUGAUGCAAAGGUUCUUGGUGUUUUUUCACAAAUUGGUGAACUUUAUAAUGUUCAUCAUAUGUGGUCAUAUCAAAAUUUUCAACAUAGAAAACAAAUGCGUACUAAUGCAUGGGCUAAACCUGGUUGGUCAGAGAAUGUUGAAUAUACAGUACGGUUAAUUCAUAAAAUGGAAUCAAAGAUACUUGUACCAUUAAAAAAUUCACCAAUGCAAUAA